CUUACGGGCAUUCGAUCGAGGCGGUUGUGGCUCGCACACAUACAAACAUAUUUCGUCGCUCGUCGCAUUGUGCGUGUCGCUGUCGCUUGCGGCAUCAGUGAUAAUACUAUCAAAAUUUAUCAACACAUAAACCGUUUACAACAAAUAACAAAUCGAACCUGUAAAUAUGGCAGGGCAAGGACAAAGUGUGCCUCAAUUGUGGCUACUGUUAGCCGCGUGCCUCGCUGGCAGCGUCUGCGCCUACAAUUUGUCACCCCGACCCAAUCGAGAGAUCAAAGAUCCGCAAUUUGCCACCGAGAUGCCGAAAGUGCGUGCGUCAUAUUUCGGUUAUACCAUCAGCCUGAGACCGCACGGCAUUAUUGUUGGGGCACCGCGGGCGCAAUCGACGCUCGAGGCUCAACGGAAGAUCAACGAGACGGGGGCGAUUUACAAGUGUUUGCUGCCGAAUGGCAACUGCAGUCCAUAUAUCUUCGAGGGACGUGGCAAUAUACACAUUGAGAGGAGCGAGUACACAUGGGACUCGGAACGCCGAGACUUUCAAUGGAUGGGCGGCUCCAUGGACGGUGGUACACGGGACACCGACAAGCUGCUUGUGUGUGCGCCCCGCUUUAUAACGCCCUCGGCGAAAGAUUACCAUAUGCAUGGCAUUUGCUAUUGGGUUUCCGAUACGAUUGCGGAUCAGCCACAGAAUAUUACAAAGAUCUCCCCGCUGCGACUCAAGGCGGACCAGGUGAAGGAGCUAAACAAUUUCAGAUAUUACAACUAUAUUCUGGGGGAGCAGGGUCUGAGUGCCCAUGUCUCCGAUGACAAUGAGCAGUUCCUCAUUGGAGCACCGGGCAUCUUUGCAUGGCGUGGCUCCGUCAUUCGCUAUAGCAGGGAAAUUCUCGUCGAAGAUCCUUCGGCAAGUCGUCGCGACACGAGCAGCCACCUGCGUCGCCGCAAGUCACCCGACGGCGCGGAUUCCAUAGACUACGAGCCCGAAUACACCUAUAAGACGGACAUACCACGUCCGGAUCUGUGGGGCCAGCCAGACGACUCCUACUUCGGCUAUGCCGUCAGUUCCGGCCACUUCGAUAGCACCAAUCUGAAACAGCUUCUGUACGUGGCGACCGCACCACAGGCGAACGAGCAAUCCGGCGAGGGUUACAUCUUCGACGUGCGCGGCGAGUCAAUCGAAAAGUUUCACGUCUUUCGCGGCGAACAGUUUGGCGAAUACUUUGGCUAUGCGGUGCUCGCCGAUGAUCUCAAUGGGGACAACCUGACGGACGUGAUCAUAUCAGCGCCACAGCACUCGUUCGAGGAUUCGCACGAUAACGGCGCCAUUUACGUGUUCCUCAACAAGGGACGGUUCAACUUCGAGCUGAAGGUGCUGCGCUGCCCGCUGCCCAUUACGGCCAAUGCACGUUUUGGCACCACGAUGACAAGACUGGGCGACAUUAAUCACGAUGGCUAUAACGAUAUUGCUGUUGGUGCACCGUUUGCUGGUAAUGGCACGGUGUUUAUAUACUUGGGCGGUGAGAAGGGAUUGCGGGAUCAGCCCAGCCAGCGCUUGGACUCGCCCCAGCAGCAGCCAUCGAAGUAUGGCCAGCAUAUGUUUGGGCAUGGACUGUCGCGUGGCUCCGACAUCGAUGCGAAUGGCUUCAAUGACUUUGCUGUGGGUGCGCCCAAUGCAGAGGCUCUGUUCCUGUAUCGCGCCUAUCCGGUGGUUAAGCUGCGGGCUAUCGUCAGCUCACAGAAUCGCGAGAUUAAGCCCGAGCAGAACCGGGUGCAGAUCACCGCCUGCUAUGGCCUGACCACAACGGCCACGGCAAGCUCGGCCCAGCAGCAGGAGAUGGCCAUGCGGAUUGUGAUCGAUGCGCAGCUAAGGCGAGCCAAGUUCACCCAGACGCAGAGCCACGAGAUGAGCUUUAAUGCAACGGCGGGCACAACGCAGCAGUGUCGCGUCUUUGAUUGUGAGGUGCGCUACAGUGAGAAGGACAUAUUCCAGCCCAUCGAGUUGGAGAUGCACUACGAGCUGACCAAGAAGGUUCCCGACUCCGAGGAGUUCUGUGAGACUUGCGUUGCUGUCGAUCCCGACGAUGCCAAGGUGUACACCGAGAAGAUCAUCUUCAGCACGGGCUGUAAGACAGAUAUAUGCGUUGCCGAUCUGCAGCUGAGCGCCAAGGAUGUGAGCUCCAGCUACAUACUGGGCAGCGACAAGACUCUGCGCAUCAAUUACGAGGUGACGAACCGCGGCGAGACCGCCUAUUUGCCACAGCUGAAUGUGACCAGCUCCAGUCGUUUGAACUUUGCCCAAAUUCCGGGCAACUGCAAGGUCAGCCAUGCUGUCAUGGUCUGUGACCUGAAUCGUGGACGACCCCUGGGCUAUGGUGAUAAAGACAGCAUCACCAUCAGUUUCGAUAUGAGCGGCCUCACUGGCAGCUCGUUGACCAUCAGUGCUGAGGUCUUCAGCACCGGCUCCGAGAAGAAUCACACCGAUAAUAAGCUAAACAGCUUAAUUGCCCUCAAGGAGCACACAGAAAUAGAUGCCUCCGGUGGCCAGACGAAUGCACAAAUCGACUUGGAACACUACAAGGACUCAGCGCUCGUGGUCAACAACUAUGAGAUCAAGAGCAAUGGACCCAGCACUGUGGGAGAACUGGAAAUUGUGUUUCACAUACCCGUCGCCUACAGGACUGCCGACUCCUCGGCGACCAUACCGAUCAUCAAUGUUGGCAGUCUGAGUAUGCAGGCCACGUACGACGCACAGCUGGUGAACGUUGAACUGCUCGACGAGAACAGCACGCAAAUCAUUAUGAAUCCCAUUGAGCACUCGGAGCGUAUGGUUGUCAGUCAGAAUGGAGUGCAGCAGACUUGGCUGGACUCGGAUUCGGUUAACACGGCAUCGAUUGCACGCAAGAGACGCGAUCUCAAAGGACUGACCGCCAAUCGGGAGCAAUAUGCCCGCAUAUCGAACAUUAGGGCACACGAUCUGCUUAGCGAGGAGUUCAAGGGCAAACUGCCCAUUAAUCGCACCAUUGUGUUUAACUGUCGCGACCCAAAGAUGACCAUCUGCCUGCGUGCUAUAAUGCGUGUCUAUACCUUUAAGCCGGAGAAACCAGUCAAUCUGAAUAUGAAAUUUAACGUAGAUCUGAACGAGGUCAACGCCAUUCUCAUCGACCCAUGGGAGUUCUUUGCCAUACUCAUCGACAUGAAUGUGCGCAAGGUGGGGGAUCGUCUGGGUACCUCGCUGUCCAUCCGGCGCAAAAUUGAGCCGAAUGUUAUUUCAAAACAUCUGGUGUCAUCAACGCCUAUCUGGAUUAUCAUUGUGGCCGUUCUGGGUGGCCUAUUGCUGUUGGCAGCCCUGACCUAUCUGAUGUAUAGGUUGGGCUUCUUUAAGCGGCAAACAAAGGACGAACUGGACAAAUUGGUGCAACAGGGCACCGUGGAGCCCGAGGCUGAGAACCUUAACAGUGGCAAUAACUAAGCUCAAUAUUGUGAUCCUCAUUGCUAAGCUCUAUUUUAUACAUCACAUUUUUUUAUUUUAAUGAGAAGCGAUACUAACUGAUUGAACAGUUGGCUAAUACCAAAUACGAAACCAAUAUACCUAUAACAACAAAUUGAUCAACAGUUCGACAGAUCUUAAAUGUGUUCUUAAAAAAAAAAAUUAAAAAAAUAAAACAAAACAAAACUAGAUAUAUAAGUAUAUAUUAGCCCAAAAAAACGGGAACGUAGAGCAAGCUGUAAGCCGCGAAGCAUCGAAUGUUGUGGAUUUGUUGUAUUUUGGAUAGAGCCUUAUAGUUUGCAAUUUAAGAUAAAUCUAUGUAAUUUAUGUGGAGCUUAUCUUUUGGCUCGAAGUCAAGCCAUAUUGCCAUUAUUUGUAAAUAUUUAUAAAAUAUAAGAUCUUUGCUAGUUUUAAAGCUGCAAUGUCAACAUAAAAGACUUGAAUUUUUGUAUACAAUGUAAAGAAAUAAAAAAAAAAACACUAAACAAAACAAGAAGAGGAAAUGUAAUAAAAACCCGACUAUAUAAAAUUGUAAACAAAACUGCAUACUAGCAUAAUAUAUGUUCGAGAUGAAAGUAUUAAAUAAUUGUUUGAUCUAAGUUAAACAAACUGGCAGUUUUCAGCUUACUUGUUUUUAUAAUGUAAUUAAAUUUAUUUCUUAAA